AUGAGGACGUGCAGACGCGACGACACUCAGUGCCUGAAGGGAUCCAACGUGUGGGAAUCUUUGGAGGUGUGCUGCGCCAGGGGAGUCGCCUUUCCCAACGGUUGCCAGGAGGUGGAGCUCUCCAAGGAGGAAUGCUGGGUGGCUCAAAUGGACUUCCCUUCGAAGCGCUGCGGCCCGUCUAGGUCGCAGUGUGACCGCGGCUGGAAAGUAUACGAGACAGAGGAGGAGUGCUGCGAGGAGGACGCUGCCUUCCCCGAGGGCUGCACGGAGCUGCCACCCGUGCCCUGCUGGAUCGUGGACGUCUAUGAUCCCGUGAGGCUGUGCAGGAAGGUCACGGACGUCGCCACAUGCUACAGGGGUUGGGGCGUAUUCGAGUCGGAGGAGAUAUGUUGCGCCAAGGGGGCGGGCUUCCCUGAAGGCUGCACGAAGGACGCCUGA